CGAGUGAGGGCGCUGUGAUUGGCUCUCAGCAGGCGGAAGUGGUCCCGCUUCGCCUUGAGUGGCGGCGGCUUGGCGGGAAGCUGUUGCGGGGCGCGCGCGGUGUUGGGAUCGCGUGCGUCGUGAUGCGCUGGGUUUAACGACCGCGCCGAGCUGAGGGGACGGCGAGGAGCCAUGCAGGCCUUCCUCAAAGGCCCGUCCUCCAUCAGCACCAAGCCUCCAGCCGCCAAGGAGAGGAGCGCGGCGGGGAGCAGCGGGGAAGGCAAGAGGCUCAAACCCGUCCCCUGGGUGGAGAAAUAUCGCCCCAAAAACGUGGAUGAGGUCGCUUUCCAGGAUGAAGUUGUUGCUGUGCUGAAGAAGUCCUUGGAAGGCGCUGAUCUUCCCAAUCUGCUGUUCUAUGGCCCGCCUGGAACUGGAAAGACCUCCACUAUUUUAGCAGCUGCCCGAGAACUCUUUGGGCCUGAACUAUUCCGACAAAGAGUCCUGGAGUUGAACGCCUCUGAUGAGCGUGGGAUACAGGUGAUCCGCGAGAAAGUGAAGGCUUUUGCUCAGCUCACGGCGUCUGGAAGCCGAGCAGAUGGUGAAGUUUGUCCUCCUUUUAAGAUUGUGAUCCUGGAUGAAGCAGACUCUAUGACCUCAGCAGCCCAGGCAGCCUUAAGACGCACAAUGGAAAAAGAAUCUAAAACAACACGUUUUUGCCUUAUUUGUAACUACAUCAGCAGAAUAAUCGAACCUUUAACAUCUCGAUGCUCCAAAUUCCGUUUCAAACCUUUGUCAGACGAAAUCCAGCAACAGAGGCUAUUGGGUGUUUCUGAGAAGGAAAAUGUGAAAAUCACUAGUGAGGCAAUAUCUUACCUUGUUAAAGUGUCAGAUGGGGACUUAAGAAAAGCCAUUACUUACCUUCAAAGUGCCACUCGCUUGAUGGGUGGGAAGGAGAUCACAGAGAAGACUGUUACUGAAAUUGCUGGGGUCAUCCCAAGAGAAACAAUAGAUGGACUGCUAUCUGCCUGUUGGAGUGGUUCAUUUGAGAAACUGGAAACAGCAGCAAAGAAUCUUAUAAACGAGGGCUAUGCUGUUGCUCAGCUCAUAAGCCAGCUUCAUGAUCUUGUUGUUGAGAGCGAAGACUUCAGUGACAAGCAGAAAUCAAUCAUUGUCGAGAAGCUUGCAGAAGUGGACAAAUGCUUGGCAGAUGGUGCUGAUGAGUACUUGCAGUUGAUAAGUCUGUGUGCCCUUGUGAUGCAGCAGCUAACACGAAACACCUAGCUCCUCCAGCAGCAGUUGCCUUGGUGGUUGUAGGAUCUGCCUACUUUUGUAUUGCUUUUACAAUAAAGUAACUGCUCAGUAUGGUUUGAUUAAAAGAAAUGGGAGAGUGACUUUAUUAGCUUAAUGGAGUGUGGGGCCUUUGGAAAGAGGAUUAAAGAAGGAAGCACUUCAGCCACUGGAGCAUUUUUUACCAGAGCCUGUGACAUUAAAUGUAGCAGGAAGCACUUUACAGUAAACAGAUUUGAUGGGGUGAGUGAAAAAAAGUACACCAGGUCUCAUUUCAGUUACAAGUGAAUUUUAAAGGCUGUUAGCAUUUGCUGUAGCCUUAAAUCCAUGCUUUCUUUCACAAUGCACUACCCACACCUGACCCUGUUCUCAACUGCAUGCAGUAUGAGAAAUAGAGGUUGAGCUCCCCCAGGAAGUGACAGAGCUGCUCACCCAUUAGUGAGGCCCAACCAUCUUGCAAGAAGACUUACACUGCAAGUGAAUAUAGAAGUAUUUUAUUGAACAUUCAAACUUCAUUAAGACAUGUGCAAUAUGGCAAAUUUUACUGGGUUUAACCCUAACUAAGACAAUAGUAUGAUUGCUUGCUUGCUGGGGCUUAGCAACAGGGUCCAGAUCACACUUACCACUAAUUAAAUACUUUAUUGAAUAAAUACAUAUCAAACAAAAAUGCAUUUUAAUGCUCUUAUAAAAGUUUUGAGAUUUUGAAAGGCCUUUCCAAUUCAAUCUGAAGGGUAAGUACAUACAAUAAAGGAAGGUAGGCUAGUUUAACAUAAUUGGCUGAUUUUAUACAGCACUUAUAUCUUUUAGUCCAUAAGUAAAUUAUUAAAUGAUAAAGAACAUCUAAUACAACCACUUCUAUGGAACUAGGAAAUAAAUUUCUAAUAAAGAAAAAAUUUACAGACCCCAUGACUUUCCACCCAACCCCAACAGUCUAACCCUAAAGUGGAUAAAGCCAACGGCUUCCCCCACAAGAGCUCACGACAAAAAGUCGCUUCGCUUAUCAAAAAUCUGUAUUUCUGAUCCGU